GUGAUUUGGAACACACAUCUUUCAACCCUACAAGCACAGCCAUGGGAAUUUUCAAGAGUGACAAGGAGGCUAAGGCCCCUCAGGUCACUAUCACCUCGAGCCCUGAGUCUUCAGCGCCAGGAACACCCCCUAUUGAGUCUGCACUGCUGAGUGCAGACCAGAACGCGAUCGAGCUGGAGAAGCGGCCACAUUUUGGUCGGUUGGCUUCCUGGAGGGGGUCUUUGAUUCUGCUGGUCACUUCGGGCGCGCAAUUCCUCGACAAUGUUUUCAUGACGAGUGCGAACAUGGCUUUGUCGUCGAUUCAAGAAGAAUUCAAUGAAUCGAGUACGAACUUGCAGUGGAUGAUUUCCGCAUACACUCUGACUUUCGGUGGAUUCCUCCUGCUGGCGGGGGUUCUGUCCGAUCGAUAUGGACGCAAGACUAUCCUUUGCGCUGGUCUAGCAUGGCUAUCUCUCUGGACAUUGGUUAUUGGCUUUGGCACGAGCUUUAUCCAGCUUGCCAUUUUCCGUGGUCUCCAGGGAAUGGGUGCAGCGAUGACCGUCCCGUCCGCAAUUGGAAUCAUCAGUUCCUACUUUACUGGUCUUGACCGGACCCGGGCGCUGUCCAUCUAUGCCUCCUCCGGCACGAUUGGCUUCUGCGCCGGGUUGCUUGUCGGUGGUUUCCUUACUUCUUCCUUGGGCUGGAGGUAUAUCUUCUACAUUAUUGUGAUCAUCACUGGCGCUCUUGGUAUCCUGGGAGCUAUCGUGAUUCCAAAGGACACUCCCAUCGCGGAGAAGCCGAAGAUGGAUUAUGCCGGAUCCAUUCUGUCUACGUCUGGCCUCAUCCUCCUUCAGUUCGUGCUAUCGAGUGGCGGUGACUACGGCUGGGGCACACCAUUCAUCAUUGCAUUGCUUGUUGUUGCAGUCUUGCUUCUGGUUGCUUUUGUAAUUCUUCAAAAGUAUAUCAGCUACCCCAUCAUGCCGCUGUCGCUGUGGAAGCUGCGCAACUUUGCCGGACUUUGGAUUGCUGGAUUCACCUGCUACGGUAGCUAUCAGAACGUCAUCUACUACAUCGUCCUGAUGGCCCAACAAGUCGAUAACCUCAACGCCGGCGACACUGCCCUCCGCUUCCUCCCCAUGGGCGCAAUCGGAUUCGUUGCCUCGAUGGGAACCGGCAAGCUCCUCGAAUACGUGAACGGAAAAUACACGUUACUCGCAGGUCUUAUCCUGACUGUUGUGGCUCCCAUUCCGAGUGCCUUGACCGCAACGGAUCAGGAGCCGGACUUCUGGAUCAACGUCCUUCCUUCGUCUCUGAUUAGCAUUACCGCUGUAUCUCUUAUUUUCGUGACCACUAGUACUCUCAUUCUGACUACCGUUCCGGUUAACGUUAAGAGUCUGUGCGGUGGAAUGCUCAACACCGCCUUUCAAAUCGGCUCCGGAGUCGCCCUCGCUAUUUCCGCUGCUGUCACAGAUGCAGUAGACAUCUCAAAAGGUCACGAUAUCGCGCAGCAGUACUCUACUGGUCUCUGGUGCUCUGCCGGUCUUGCUGGUCUGGGACUGAUCAUUGCGUUCUUCUCGGUUAGCCGGAAGGGGAUCGGUCCGAAUGAUCGCACGGAUUCGGAUAUUGCUGUUUAAUCGUCCUGAUUAACUGAGCUUACGACUACGAUUUUGACAACGACAACAACACUACGACUAUGACUAUGACUACGACUUUGACUAUGAUUUUUCUACUCGGUUUCGGGCGAUGGGUUUAAUGAUUGGAUUUGAUAUCGGGUUCUUUUCGGAUAUAAUAUGGGUAUACAUCUGUUUGCGUUGAUUUAGCGUGCAUUUUGUUUUGUUAUGCUUGACUCACGGCGGAUAGACGAAUAGACGGAUAGACGGCUGAGAAAGACUUUUUCUAUAGAUAGAUAGACCCCUAGAUAGACUUUCCUCUUUUCGUGAUCUUCACCACAAAACUCAAAAACACGACAAUAAUAAUCAUAAUUAUCUUCAGGC